AUAUAAGAGAGAAUAGCGCUAUCCAGAAUCCUUCACUGCUAUUAACUCUUACUCUACUGUUUUUUGUCUGAGGACCAAGACAUCUUUGCACAAGUUCGCGUGCACUUAAAGAACGAUCUUGUUGAACUGAAAUCGUUUUCUUGACCCCCUUUUCAUAUAUUGUGGUCUGUUUCGCUGAAAUAGGCAUUGAUUGCACAUUUUCGUGCAAAAGUCUUUUAGCCCUUUAAAAGAGGAGUUUUGUUAUACUUUAUUUCUUCCUGAUUUGUCUGAAAUUGAAGGUUGCCUCUAUCUCGAAGAAUAUUUUUUGUUUUCUGUUUGUCCAUUGAUUAUCGAUUGUAAAUUUCUAAUUCUUUCAUGAUGUCGAGAUUCAGUAAAUUUUUGUCUCUUUCCCAAAAGGCUCUUCCGAAGACCUCACCUUCCCAUUUGGGUCGUCCUUGGAAUGGCGCCUAUGCUGCCUCUUCCAGAUUGUAUUCUACCGCAGCCCCUCAUUCCCCCCAAGAACCUUCCAUCCUUAAAUCGACCUCGCCAGCUUCUUCCGCAGCCGCUGCUUCGACAGCAACUGCUCCUGGUCCUGGUACAACCACCAUGGAAUCUCCUACUGUGGCCAGAGCGAAGGCUACUCUAGAAGCCAUUUCUGGUACUCAUCCGAUUUACAUGGACUUUCAAGCCACUUCUCCUCUCGAUUACCGCGUACUGGACAGUAUGCUACCCUACCUUACAGGUGUAUACGGAAACCCUCAUAGCCGUACACAUGAGUACGGAUGGGAGGCUGAGAAAGCCGUAGAAAAAGCUCGUGAGGAGGUUGCUGCUGUCAUCAAGGCCGAUCCUCGAGAGAUUAUUUUUACUUCUGGUGCCACUGAGUCCAACAAUACUAUUCUUAAAGGUGUAGCUCGCUUUUAUCAAAACCGAAAAAAGCACAUAAUUUCUGUGCAAACUGAACACAAGUGUGUCCUUGAUUCUUUGCGUACUUUACAAGAAGAAGGUUUUGAUGUCACAUUUCUUCCUGUUCAAACAAAUGGUUUGAUUAGCCUCGACGACUUAAAGAAGGCCAUUCGCCCUGAUACCGUUCUCGUGAGUGUUAUGGCUGUCAAUAACGAGAUUGGUGUGAUUCAACCUCUUGAGGAAAUCGGCAAAAUUUGCCGUGCUAAUAAAGUGUUUUUCCACACUGAUGGUGCUCAAGGUUUUGGCAAAAUUCCUUUGGACGUUGACAAAAUGAACAUUGAUUUGAUGUCAAUUUCAGGCCACAAGAUCUACGGACCCAAAGGUGUCGGUGCUGCUUUUAUUCGUCGUCGCCCCCGUGUCCGUCUUUCUCCCUUGUUGAGCGGAGGUGGCCAAGAACGUGGUCUUCGUAGCGGCACAUUGGCUCCUCCUUUAAUUGUGGGUUUUGGUACCGCUGCCCGUCUUUGUAGAGAAGAAAUGGCUUACGACCAUGAACACAUUUCUAAGCUCUCAAAGCGUUUAAUUGAUGGUCUUUUGGCUAUUCCUUACACUUCUUUAAAUGGUGAUCCUAAGUCAAGAUUUCCCGGCUGUGUAAACAUUUCGUUCUCUUACGUUGAAGGUGAGUCUUUGUUGAUGGGUCUCAAGAAUAUUGCUCUUUCAUCUGGUUCCGCCUGUACUUCCGCAUCUUUGGAACCUUCCUAUGUUCUUCGUGCUAUUGGCCAAAACGAUGAAGAUGCUCACAGCUCUAUUCGCUUUGGUAUUGGCAGAUACACAACAGAGGCAGAAAUUGAUUAUGCCCUUGCUAACGUGCAUAAUCAAAUUGAAUUCCUUCGAAACUUAAGUCCUUUGUGGGAUCUAGUACAAGAAGGAGUUGACCUUAGUACCAUCGAAUGGAGUUCUCACUAACGUAUGUGAUUUCCGUGAGAAAGAAGACGGUCUUUUCAACCUUAUUUAAGUUAUCAAGGUUCAUGAGUGUAUCUACGACUAAAAAAUUAUAUAAUUGAUUGAUGUUAUUUGGAAAUUUUUUAUAUUCACACUUAGUUACACGAUGUUGUGUAUGUAUAAUAAUAUUCUACCCUUUGUUAAGAAACUUUUAGACAAAAUCCAUAUAUUAAGUAUCAA